AUGUCCGCCCCGGGGAAGCAGUACAAGGCCAUCGGCGACGAUGUCUGGAAGCGGACAGAUAAGGUCCUCUUCUCGCUCACGUACGGCGCCCUCGUCGUCCAGCUCAUCAAGGACUAUGAGGACUAUGGCGAGGUGAACAAGCAGCUGGAGAAGAUGGGCUACAACAUCGGCACGCGGCUGAUCGAGGACUUCCUCGCGCGGACGGGUCUGCAGCGCUGCCAGACGUUUGCCGAGACGGCCGAGGUCGUGAGCAAGGUCGCCUUCAAGACCUUCCUCAACAUCACGCCGACGGUCUCCUUCCCUCCCCCGCAGGUGCCGCCGACGGCGGGGCUGAAGCAGCCGUGCGAGUUCGUGCUCACGCUCGAGGAGAACCCGCUCGCCGAGUUUGCCGAGCUGCCGCGUGACGCACGCGAGGGCGGGCUGUGGUUCUCCAACGUGCUUGCUGGUGUGCUUCGGGGCGCGCUCGAGAUGAUGCAGGUCGAGACGCGUUUCCUCUCUGACGCGCUGCGCGGGGACGACACAACAGAGCUCUGGGUCCGCCUCGUCCGGAUUCUGGACGAGGAGCAGCCCGAGAACGACGAGUAG